AUGCCUUCCUCAGGGCACGAGCGAACCGAGCUGCCUCAAGCGGCUGACAAGGUCCCCUCCAGUUCGGCGCGGAGGGUGAACCGCUCAUGCGUCGAAUGCACCCGCCGCAAGGUCAAGUGCGACGGCCGCCAGCCGUGCGGGAGCUGCUUGUACUACAGAGUCCCCGACGCCUGCGAGUACCGCCAGCGCUCGCGCAGAAACGCCGUCAGCAGAAGCACGUUUGACAAGGCCUCGGAGCAGCUGCGCUCUCAGUCGCGCGUCCUCGCGACCCUCUUUCCAGGUGUUGAUGUAGAGAAACUCGCGACCAAGAGCCAGGAUGAGCUCCUGGGCUUGCUCCGCCUUGGCGAGAUGCGCCACAGCCAGCACCAGGAGCCCGACUCUUCACUGCCCGAGCCUACGCCCCUCCAAGAUGAAAUCAUUGGCCUUCCAAACAGCUCAGGCGCCGAGGACUCAGCGCCGAUAUCUGAAAACGGGGAGCCCGCCGAGGAGAGGAAGUGGGAUGAAUCACUCGACCAGCCUGCCACGGUUGCCAGCGACGACGUCAACGCCCUUGGCCUUGCCACUGAUGAGCAUGCGCGCUCCUAUCUCGGUGUCACCUCCAUGAGCGCCGUUCUCAGAGCCAUAUUUCGUCUCUGCCCCGCCGCAAAGGAACACACGGCGCAAUGCGCGCGGGCACUCGUUGCCAACCCUGCGCCGGCUCCGCCCGCCCAGCCCGUCCUGGGCCGUGACCCGGCGCUCAGCAUACUGAGAGAGCAACGAUGUAUCGACUUCUACUUUGAAUAUAUCCACCCAAUCACGCCCCUUCUGGAUGAGCAAGACUUCCGUACUCAGCAUGCCUCGGGUGCGCGCCAGGACGGCUCCUGGAUGGGUCUCCUUAACAUGGUCUGCGCUCUGGGUUCUAUCGCGUCCGGCAGCGAGGGUCUCCAUGAACAGUACUAUCGCCAGGCCCGAUCCUUCACGGGACUCGACAGCCUGGGGUCUGGAAACAUGGACAGUCUGCAGGGUCUCUGCCUCCUGGGAGGCUACUAUCUGCAUUAUCGCAACUCGCCAAACAUGGCCUACAGCAUCCUCGGUGCGGCGCAUCGAGUCGCUAUUGCGCUGGGCCUGCACCGAGAGCCGAGGCGGGCACCAAGCAUGGCGACUCUGGAAGAGGCCGAGGAGCACCGGCGCCGUGCUGAGACGCGACGAAGAACAUGGUGGAGUUUGUAUUGUCUGGACACAUGGGCGUGCAUGACCCAAGGGCGCCCGACCUGCGGCCGUCUGGACAGAAGCACCAUGGACACCUGCCUGCCUUCAAGCCUCGGUCCCGACGACCAUGCCGCCAUAUUGCUCCAGGCGAACACCCGGCUCUGCCUGAUAUGCGAACGCCUUCAGCAGAGGUUUGCCCAGUUUGGUCGGCCGUCAAACCAGGAGAUUCUCGGUCUCGAUGCCCAGCUCCACGACUGGUUCGACGAUCUCCCCGAGAACUUGAAGCAUGCAGAGGGCUCGCCGCCACAGUAUCAGUUUGCAAGGGAGCUGAUGAAGACGAGAUACUACAACGCCCGGAUUGUUCUCGCUAGGUCUCUGAUUCUCUAUCUUGCGCACGACUGCAAGAAGAAGCUCGGAGAGCUUAUGCCAGAGCAAAGACACAUGCUCAACAUGUGCUGCCAGGUGGCGACAGAGGCCAUUGACUCGACUGCCCGCUACUGGAUGCCAAACCGGAUCCAAGUGUGGAACAUGGGCUGGUAUCUUUUCCAGGCCUGCUCGGUGCCACUGCUUUGCAUUGCCAUCGAGAAGAAUAUGCAGCAGCCUUCCCUGCCGCCAAACGAGAACGUCGCUGCCUGGCAGUCGAGCCUCGCCAAGGCUCUGGAAACGUUCACGGAGAUGCGACCGUGGAUGCGUGCGUCUGAUCGCUCGCCGGAUAUCGUCUCAGCGAUUUAUGAGGCCGUCAUUGCCACGGAAGCGGACGGCACUCUGCGCACGCCUUCGGCGACAGAUGGGAGCAUUGACAUGUUUGGCUGGUGCGACGAGCAGCUCACCGACAUGGACUGGGGCGUCUUCCUCGGAGACGAGAGCCUCACCCGUGGCAUGUUCCCGAUGUGA